CCAGGAACCAUUGCCGGGUUACGACAACAACCGCAGCAACAGCAGCCGUUGUUAGCAGCUCGCGCCAUGGCAGCAGUGCGUAGCUUACGGGUGUCGGUGAGAUCAGACAGCGGCUCAGACCACUCGGAAUCCGGCUCCGACUCCGAGUCUGACAGAGAUGCCCGCGAAGCCGAACCGAUGGAGGUGGAAGAGGGAGAGCUGGAGCCAGAGGACAUCUCCGUUAACCGUUCACUGAAGGAGCUGCUGCCGGAUACAAGCCGGCGUUAUGAAAACAAGGCUGGAGCAUUCAUCACUGGGAUUGAUGUCAACUCAAAGGAGGCGAUUGAGAGAAAGGAAAAGCGAGCGAGACGUUUUCAUUUCCGCCCUGAGGAGAAUGUCGAUCAGAGAAAUGUUUUUUUGGAUAAAGACACCAUGAAGAAAGCUAUCCCCAGACUGCGCAUGGAGGCUAUCCAUGUGACGGGCGUGGAUGACAUGAGCACACAAGACGUCUUUGGAUAUUUUAAGGAAUAUCCUCCAGCACACAUUGAGUGGAUCGAUGACACAACCUGUAACGUGGUUUGGCUUGAUGACAACACAAGCAUCAGAGCCCUCAUCAACAGCAGCCGGAUGCCCGACCCAGAGGCAGUUACCACGGAGACAGGGAGCACCGACCAGCCACUUGAACAGAGCAAAGGUCGUCAGGGUCAAAGUUCAGACGAUGAGGAUGAUGAAGAGGAGGAGGGUGAGGUGGACGAGGAGGAAGCGAGGAAGAAAAGCAGCGAGGAGAUCGAGGUGAAAGACAGCGACAUAGAGGCGGAGCAGAAAACGAAAACUGACGAUGUUCAGGUGGAUGACCUGUCGCUGGCAGAGAGAGAGUCUCUGCUGAGAAAUGACCUGCGACCAGCCAUCAAACCCUUCAAAGGAAACAAACUCUUCCUGCGUUUCGCCACACAUGAUGAUAAGAAGGAGUUGGGCGCAGCUCGCCGCAGCAGAUACUACAUGAAGUACGGAAACCCAAACUAUGGAGGCAUGAAGGGAAUCCUCAGCAACUCCUGGAAGAGGAGGUAUCAUAACCGGCGGAUCCAGCGAGAUGUCAUCAAGAGCAAGAAGCCUCUGAUUGGAGACAACAUGGGACACACCCCACCAUACACACACAGACACUCCGCUGACCUGGUCAACCUGCCCGAGGAGCCCAUCAAGGAGGAAGAGGAGGAGGAGGAGGAAGAGGAUUACAGUGAUGAGGACAUGGACUCAGACGACAGGGUGGUGGAGUACAAAGAGCGAGCUGAAAAGGAGAGAGGCGAAAAGGGCGGCAGUUCCCGUUCUCUGGGGGCGGGGCUCCGUAGCCGUGUGGAGCGCUCUCCUUCGCCGUGGUCGGAGUCGGACGAGAUGGACUACGACCUGGAACUGAAGAUGAUCUCCACACCAUCGCCCAAGAAGAGCAAAAAGAUGACUAUGUACGCCGACGAGCUGGAUACUCACCUGAAGAGCAUCAGGAACCGGGUGGGGGGGUCGGGAUCUCAGCCCAGGGUCAAAUCCCCGUCACCUGCCAAGGUGAUGGAUGUCCGACAGCUGCUGGAGGAGAAAAGACAAGGACUCUCUCAGCACAGACAGCCCCCUCCGGUGGCCACCAGCGGAAAGACAGAUGUACGGCAGCGGUUGGGGAAAAGGCGCUACUCUCCCGACAGACAACGCUCCCCGUCCCCCGUCUCCCCCAGAGACACGCCUCCAGUCAGAGAACCAAUCAGAGAUGUGCAUCGCAGACUGGGCGUGGCCAGUCAAGACAACAGAAGCCUCUACUCCAAUUCAUCCAAAGACAGAAAGACAAGCGGGCUGUGGAGCAGACUUGGCUCUGUGGAAGACGACAGCAACGCCGGACGCCACGAGCGUGGAUCGAGCAGCCGGCCAGCAGCCCUCUUCUCCUCGUCCUCGGGGAGGAACUCCGCCAGCGAGGGCUGCAGCAGCAGCAAGAGACAGGAGGAGGAAGGCGAGGUGGAGGAAGAAGACGACUCGACGCUGCAGAAGAUGUGGGGUGCCAUGAUCAAACAGAAACAGGAGCGUCUGACCCACAAAAUAAAGAAGAGCCGACUGGACAACCUGCCAUCGCUGCAGAUCGAGAUCAGCCGCGACAGCAGUGACGACUCCGACGCCUGAAACUGAGCCGAGGGUGGAGGAAGGAAACCAACCAGAGUUUCUCUUUCAGACUUUACAUCACUCUUUUGUCCAAGUACAAUAAUAUAAAGACAUAAAGCUGUCAGUCCAGACUGCAAUCUGAGGCCAGUGUGGUGGGUUUUCUUUCCUUUUUUCUUAUAUUGUCUCAGCAGUCCAGGAUGGAUUAAUAAAUGGGGCCAACCAGGCACAGGCAGAGGGGGCCCCCCAUUGGAAGUCACCGUUAACAUCUCCUCAGUUAAAAGGAGAGGUCUCCUAAUUUUCCUCUAUUUUGGUAAUUUAAAGGGUAGUUUAGAUUAUUUGAAGUGUGGUUGUAUAAGAUACUUUUCCUUUGUCAGUGUAGGUUGAGGUUGACACAGACCCAUUUUGGAGAAGCAGGCAGGAGUAUAGACACAGAAGCUAUGUAAUGUACUGCUGUGGACAGAGGCAGCAACGAAAUCUAUUUGACACCUAAAGAAACAUUUGUAUCAGUUUAAGCGUAUGCUGUAGUCACCUAUUUUUACAGAUUUACCUUUGUUAGAAGGCUCUGCUUAUGUGUACACAGUUACAUGUUGGUUUGUUUGUGUUAUUGUGUGACUUUGGUGUUUUAAAUGGUUAGCUUGGAUAAGUCGCACAAACUAAGCAACCAAGGCAGUGGAAGACCAGCAACUCCCAUGUUCUGUGAGGUAAAAUAAUGUCCAGAACAUCAAUUGGCCAAGCCGGCAGAUGUUGACAGUACAUAACUUAGUCUCUGCGUCAGUACUCCUGCCUGAUUCUCCAGACUGGGGGCGUGCGGACUGCCAUCUACUGUAGGUAACACACCGACUGUGGACAGCUCCACUUCAAAAAGUCCACACUAUCCCUUUAAGAUCGAGAAACUAUAACCAAAGCCAGUCCACAAAUUAUAUAGAAACAGAAAUGUCAGGUAUGUGUUGUAUUGCUUAAAUUUGGUGUAGCAAGACAAAAUUUGGGUAUUUUUUAUAAAGUAAAAGUCAGACAGCCUCUCUUCGUCUCCAGUGUCAAAUACAUUCUGAUGUUCAGCUGCAGCAUUUGAACCAUCAGAAGUACCUGAGAACUUUGGUUCACCUGCAAAACGUCAUUAAAAAAGAUGCAAAACAACUGCUGAAUUUUUUGUUGUUGCAAAUUUGGUUAAAUCCUGAAAUUUGUUGCCCAUCCCAAAUAUAGUGAAUUGCCCAUACAAUUUGUUAGAAUCCCUAGACACACCUGAAAGCUCUGGGACUUCUACAUGUCUGUUCCCAGGGGACCAUUGUCUCAAAGUCCUUCCACACUCCUGUUGAUAUGUCAAAUACUGUUUCUGUGCCGAUGAUAUUAUCAGAUUGGCUCCUCUCACUUGGCCAAGUUUUUAAUAAAUCAUUCCUUUGUUACUUUGGAGAUUUUGGACACUGUCUGCCUGUGAUUUAACUUUGUGAAUUCAUGUUUUUUUAUGAUUGACGUCACAAAUUCUUGGUGUCCUCUCCUGCAUCGAUGCUUUGAGCUUUACAUCGGCUUCAGUACGUUGAUAAUACCCAGUACAAAACCUAAUUUAGAAAAGGUAUGUUUUUACAUUUUAUUGGCCCCAUCUAGUCUGAGCAGAGCUAUAACAUUCAGUCAGGACCAAGAGUAUCAAUAAAAGAUUUAAAGGAAGGGACUCCAGCUAAAACUGCACCCUGUUUUUUCUCUGGUUGGUUCACUUAGUGUUUCCUCUAAAAGCAAAAAGAACUGAUUAAAAACUGACUCAUGAAAGAGAUGCGAGGGGAAACAAGAAGAGCGACAGAUUAUUUUCUGAUGGUAAAUUUGGGACAUUUUUUCCCCUCUUUUUAAAAUCAACCCGUUAUUGCUCAACAUCCCUCAGCACUGACAGACUGCUUCCUUUCUGUGUGUGGACAUUAACACUGUUGUACUUCCUGUGCUGUCUCUGUCCGAGUCGGCUUGCAUCAUCUGUUAUAUGAUUAGUAUUUUUUUAAUCUAACCUUUUGGGGGCCAUUGUGAUAUCACUGCUUGUCAUGAAUUUAGAUAAUUAUUAAAUUGUUGGCUGAAGCUUUAUUUUACAAGCAAUAAUUUCCCAGAAGUUUAACAAGAAAUAAUUUGGAAAUAAUUAAAGGGAAAAAAGAGACUAUCAGAGAACUAGAGCUGCAAUGAUUAGCUGACUAAUCUGCUAGUUUAUCAACAGAAAAGAAACAGUUUCUAUAAUUGAUAAAGUAAUUGUAAAUGCAGAAAACGACGUUUUCAUUUCACAUGGAGGUUUCCUGCUUUUCUCUGUUUUGUAUUAUUUUAAAUAUCUUUGAGUACUAUUGAUGUCCUCUCAUGAUCCAAACAAGAAAAAUAUUCAGACUAAUGAAACACGAAAAAUGUCACAUUGGAGAAGCUGAAACCAGAGAGCAACCAGAGUUUUUGCUUGAAAAAAUGACUUCAUUGAUUAUCAAAAUAAUUAAAUUUCCCCCUUUGAUAGGAACAAAUGACUGUUUUGUUCAGGAAACUGUUAAGAUUUUUUUUUUUUAAAUGACAGCUUUUCAAAACUGCCGUUGUGUCAACUCUGACUUUGACAAGUUCAUUCUUUGUUGAAGAAACGUGUGUUUUACUUCAACUACUUGUCUUCAUGUUCCUGUCCAAAAGGUUAUCAACAUUUGCUUUAAAUCUAAAAGUGCAGAAUUUUAUAGACAUCCAAUCAAUUAAUUUUCUCCAUUUGGCUGGAGACAGAUGACCGUGACCCUAACAAAGUGUUGUCGAUUGGAAUGAAUCGAGGAUCUGAGUGUGUUAUACAGGAAUAAGACAAAUACAACAUGAAUUUCUGCAUGUUUAACUUUGUCUUUUAGUUAGUUUGACAGCCUGUAUUUCUGCCUUGAGUCAUAGUGUUGCAGUCCAACCUUGUCAGAUGGACAUUGUGACUCAGCAUUUAUUCAUAUUGGAAGAAACGACGCAAAUCAAAAUGAAAAACAAGUUGACAUCUUAGGUGAACACUAAGCAACAGGAAGUUCAUUACUUCAGGUUUUGAUCAAUUGAAUCACAGAGGUUGCUGAGAAACUUCUUGUUUUUUAGCAUUUCAUACAGUUUUUGAUUACAAGAAAACAUUCAUAUCAAUGAUAAUGGAAAUAAUUGUUUGUGGCAGCUCUUGCAAAAGUUGAACUAGAUACAUCAACAUGGCUGUAAUGUGUGAUUAUGACAUGGGUGUGUGUCUGAAGAUCAUAAACAGGAAGUGUAAAACAUGAUGUAUGUUAGAGGUCAUUUAGAAACUACAGAGUUUUUCCACCAGAGAGUGCUGACAAGUUUAUUUUUACACUGUAUAAAUUCACAAACGCAACAAAUUCUGUAAUGAAUUUCCAGGAUCCUUUUCAAACUUAUUUAUGUUCAAAAACACCAUAUCAGCAUCUAUGUACUUUGUUUUUUUACUCUAAUGUAUUAGUACAUGAACUCUGUAUCAGUCAGUCUGGGACUAACUUAUUGUCUCAUUCUCAGUUUGGUUAAAAUAUUCCUGAUCAUACAUCCAGUUGUCACAUGUCAAACAGCAGCAGUUUAAAUCAAACAGUUAAAUUGUCUCCUCUCUGCAGUGUUUGUCCUGCCAGAUCAGAGAUCAGUCUCUGUCCGAUCAUCACCACAAAAUAAAGACUCUUUUGUUUUUGUA